GUUAUCAACCUACCCUGCUCUCCCUGAGAUGUAAAAUAGAGAAGUGGGGAGUGUACCCCACUCCAGACUGAGGGGUAUUACUGUUUUGUAGGGAGCACCAUGGAAGGCGACUGUCUGAGCUGCAUGAAGUACCUGAUGUUUGUUUUCAAUUUCUUCAUAUUUCUCGGAGGGGCCUGCCUUCUAGGCCUGGGCAUCUGGGUCAUAGUGGACCCCACAGGAUUCCGGGAGAUCGUGGCCGCCAACCCUUUGCUCCUCACGGGUGCCUACACUCUCUUGGCCAUGGGCGGCCUCCUCUUCUUGCUGGGCUUCCUGGGCUGUUGUGGCGCUGUCCGAGAAAACAAGUGUCUGCUACUGUUUUUCUUCCUCUUCAUCCUGAUUAUCUUCUUGGCGGAGCUGUCUGCUGCCAUCUUGGCCUUCAUCUUCCGGGAAAACCUCACCCGAGAAUUUUUCACCAAGGAACUCACCAAGCACUACCAGGGCAACAAUGACACUGACGUCUUCUCCGCCACCUGGAACUCGGUCAUGAUCACCUUUGGCUGCUGUGGGGUGAACGGGCCUGAAGACUUCCAGUUUGCUCCCGUUUUCCGCCUCCUGACUCUGGACAGUGACGAGGUGCCAGAGGCCUGCUGCCGGAGAGAGCCCCAAGCUCGAGAUGGGGUGCUGCUGAGCCGGGAGGAGUGUCUGCUGGGGCGGGACCUGUUCCUGAACAAGCAGGGCUGCUACACCGUCAUCCUCAAUGCCUUCGAGACCUACGUCUACCUGGCCGGGGCACUGGCCAUCGGGGUACUGGCCAUCGAGCUUUUCGCUAUGAUCUUCGCCAUGUGCCUCUUCCGGGGCAUCCAGUAAAGGGCUUGGCCUGAGGACACCCCGCCCACCGCCGUGCAGCCCUGCCCUCACCCCUCCACUCAGCACCCCUGCCCUCUUGGCCUGGUCUGGCCUAGCCUGGCCCAAGAUGCUUGGAAGGGGCAGCGGGGAGAAGCUAUUUUUGUAACAAAACAAAAUGAAGUGAAACCUAUGAACUGACGUUGCCCGCCUGGACCCCGGGUGGUGCCACCGUACCCCCACAGGGCCACCCCCCUACCCACCCAACCCAAGGGAUGCAGCGUGCUUUGGAGACCAAAGGAGCACUGGGCCCAGGGGCAUCGCAGCCCAGCUGGAUGCUGAUAGACCUGAGUCCCUCCUGCCUUGUGGCUUGGAAUUUGUGCCAAGAGAGUGAAAUUUGGGUAACUAGGGACAAAAGGCAACUGUCGGAGAAGGUCGGGAAGUGAGUGGACACUGGAUCGUGCCCUCCAGCAUUGAUGGACCAGUUCCUGAGAAGGCCCAGAGCAGCGGUAUCACCUACAGUCACACAACCAUGCAGCACCGGAACUGGGCCAUCCUUGGGGCCCUUCACCUAGCCUGUGAUUGUCCCUCGCUGCCCUUAGUGUCUCAGAAGGGGGCAGCUGGCCUGGGAUGGUCCUUUUCGCUGCUAUCCCGGCUGCCUUCACACUCACCCCACACACAUUUCUAAUCCUCAGAAACACAAAUACACACACUUCUCACAUAUACA